ACAAAUACUAAUCCCUCCAUAACAUGCACCGGCGUCCUCACCCAGGUGUGCAGCAGAUUCUGCACUUCAUCCACACCAUCCCGGAAUGAUACAAUCAUGAGCUCCUCUGAUUUAUAUUUUUCAUCACGUUCGUAUGCAUCCAAAUCCUUCAUGAUCUUACGACAUGCACGGCUUUCAUGCGCUGCAUUCAUCCUGCGCUUCUUUGGUGGUGGAACGUCCAUCUUGUCAAUCUGGAAGUCCUUACGCACACCCGCUGUAAAAUAAAUAGAAGGGGUGAUAUACAGCGACAGCUUUAUCAGUAUUUGGUUGGUUUGAAGAAAUCUUACGAAGAGCGAUGAAUUUCUUGGUUUUCCCUGUUGUAGUAUGUGUAGUCGUUGUCGCAGUUGUCGUCGUUGUUGGUUUGACCGAUGGUUUCUCUGAACUGCUGAAUUUAAUCGGGUGUGCAGUUAUCACCGGGUGGACACUACCCUUAUGAUGUUCUUUUUCAUGGUGGAACUUCUGAACUUUGGGUUUUUGAUGGUGACCUUUUUCAUCGUGUUUCUUGUGUACGAUUUUUCCGUGAUCAUGGUGGAUUUCGGUCUCCUCCACAACUUUUGUCGGUGCGGAUUCGUGCUCUUUCGGCAGCUUUGGUUUGUGCUUGUGCCCUUUUACAUGGUGCUCAUGAUCGUUUUUCACAUCGGCCAACGCUUUGUGUAUCUUCUCCGUUAUCACGUGCUUGUGACGAUGACGAGGGGAUACCCUUUCUUCGAAUUCUAUGACACAAAGUUACUCUGGUCAAGCGUCGUUAAGAAAAACAUAAAACCCACAAUUUACGCGUAAAAUUAGGUCACAGUACCUGUAUCUUCUUCAUCCUCGACAUGCUUUUUUUGUGCUGCCCUUUUCAGCCGUCUGGAAGGUGGCUUUGGUUUCUGCACUAGAGGAAGCAGUUUUAGUACGGCAUUACAGUCAGACUAACUGGCAAAAAUCAGCGAAACUUACGCAGUGUUUUCCUUUGCAUGGAUGCACCAGCACACCUUUCUUCUCAUGCUCAUCGCUGGUAAUAAUCCGGAAGGGAUUCCCAAUAAAAUCGUCGAUAUCGUCAUCGUCGUCAUCUUCAUCCUUUUUCCGAUGCUUGACCUUACGGUGCCGAUGCGUGAUCACUUUCGUAUGGAUCUUCGUCAUGUUGGGCUCACUGAUCUGCGCCGCCAGGAUCUGAUUACCGGAUCCUGUGUGCAGCACAGCGACGUGCUUAUCCGGCAUCGGGGUGGUGGUGGUGGUAUUGUAGGAGGAUACAUUGGAGCUGCCAUUGCGGACCUGCGCUAUGUAGUCCAGAGAAGCCUUGCGUGCUUCCUGUUGGGCUUUCUGGUUAGCGACGGCUACCAGUAUCUCUGCGAUACAUAAUCCUAUAGCGCAACCGACAAAGAAGAUUAAUGCCCCUGUUUUCUUUGCCAAGGCCAGCGAAUUGGCGUUCGAGGGCGCGUCCAUCUUUCGCUAACAAGGAUGAUGCUCCCUCUGAGCAUGCUCAGCCGUUGCUAUGUGUCAAAACUGAUUUUGAAGUUUAAUACAGCGCAAUGCUCACGCUAAAACAAUAAACGACCUGAGUACGUAAGUUGUAAGAGUUAGUAUUUUUUCUCGAAGCUGUUGGUUUUAAUAAGCGCUUUCAAAAGGCUUGCUUUUCUGAUUCUUGAUAUCCUUCCCACGAGUUUACCGAACGUUUGCAGAAAAUGGCGAAAGGAGGCAAUUCAACGUCCAUAAAAGACGCGCUAGUGAAAGCGCGCUUUACAGGAGGCGGCAGCAAAAGAGCGAGGUGAAGAAUGGAGUUUAAAGAUGAUCAAGCUGAACGGUCAAAUGCCACCUAUUGACAAAAUGGACAGCACGCUCAAUAUGCUCGGCGAAUGUGAGUAUUUGUCACUCUCCACGAACAUCAUCGAUCGCAUAUCCAACCUGGGCGCGCUCAAAAACCUGAAAAUAUUGGCCCUCGGAAGGAAUUACAUUAAAUCCCUGGCGGGAAUCGAAGCAGCGUCCGAAACGUUAGAACAACUGUGGUUAUCGUACAAUAUGAUCGAUAAACUGAAAGGCAUUCAAGCCAUGAAAAAGUUGAAGAUACUGUACAUGGCGUAUAAUCUCGUUAAAGACUGGGCGGAGUAUGCCCGACUGAAUGAAGUUCCUACUUUGGAGGAAAUAUGUUUUUUCGGCAACCCAGUGGCCAAUGCUUUCGAUGACCCGGAGGAAUGGAGAAAUCAAGCAAGUAAGCGAGCUCCGCGUCUCCGGAAAAUAGACGGCAAACCGACCGGUUCCGCCCCAUCUGGACCAGAGUAAAUUCCAGCAACGUGGUGACUAGUGACACGUAAUAACCACUUUCAGAUCGAAGUUGUUUAAUUCCGUGCAAGGACCAAACUGUUAAUAAACAUUCUAGCAGGGUGACAAAGCCAAAACUGUAUCUUUUUAACACUAUGCGUUACUGUCACACAAUUAAAACGGUACGAUACUUAUCGUUAGUAAACGGUACUUAGUAAACAAACAACAGAAAGCCAAAAGAAGUGCUUUUAUCGAUAAUUAAACGAUUCUUGUCUCGACUGCAGCGCGAUUUUAUAAAAAAGCUUACGAUGCAAAGCUACCACAGUGACAAGCCCAAUCAGUCAACUGACAUC